CAUGUGGCAUCUUUAGUUGUGGCAUGUGGGAUCUAGUUCCCUGACCAGACAUCGAACCCAGGCCUCCAGCAUUGAGAGUGCAGUCUUAGCCACUGGACCACCAAGAAAGUCCCCUACAGAUAUCUUUUAGAUGGUAUUGUAAAUGAAAUUGCUCUUAAUUUCAAAACACAACUGAUUUUUAUGUGUUGAUCUUGUUCCUUAAAGCUUUGCUGAAUUUAUUAGAUCUAGGCCUUUUCUGCAUCUGAAAUGCCCUUUCUGCAUCAGUUGAGAUGAUCAUGUAGGUUAUUUUUUCCUUGUUCUAUUAAUGUGGUGUAUCUAUAACCCUGAUUGAUUUUCUGAUGUUGAACCACUCGUGCAUUCCUGGAACAAAUCCCACUAGAUCAUGAUGUAUAAUCCUUUCAAUAUGCUGUUGGAUUCUGUUUGCUAGUAUUUUGUUGAGGAUUUUUGCAUCUGUAUUUAUAGGGAUAUUGGUCUAAUUUUCUUGUGAUAUCUUUGGUUUUGGUAGGGCCAGACUUUUCAGUAUGGGUGCACUUAGCAUUCCUGGAUGUAUGUACUGUGUUAGCUAAAGCAGCUAGCAGUAUUUCUAAGAUUAGUCCUACUGACUGAAACCUGGACUCAAAAGUGUUAGUCGCUCAGUCGUGUCUGACUCUUUUUGACCCUGUGGACUGGGGCCCGCCAGGCCUCUCUGCCUAUGGAAUUCUCCAGGCAAGAAUACUGGAGUGGGUUGCCAUUCCCUUCUCCAGAGCAUCUUCCUGACCCAGGGAUCGAACCUGGGUCUCCUGCAUUGUGGGCAGCUUCUUUACCGUCUGAGCCACCACACCGGGGAAAGCCUGGACUCAACAGUGAAGUGAAGUUGUUCAGUCGUGUCCGACUCUUUGCGACCCCAUGGACUGUAACCCACCAGGCUCCUCAGCCCAUGGAAUUUUCCAGGCAAGAGUACUGGAGUGGGUUGCCAUUUCCUUCUCCAGGGGAUCUUCCCAACCCAGGGAUCGAACCCGGCUCUCCCACUCUGCCGGCAGACGCUUUACCGUCUGAGCCACCAGGGAAGCCCAACAGUAGCCUAUGUUAAUUGUACAACUGUACAGUGUAGAGGGAGGAAUCCAAAUGUUAGUGACAUCGAUGGUAACUGGUGAGCAUAACUGACUUCCAAAGGUUUAGGUCAGUAAGAAUGCUGGGCGGCGCCGGCUCCUGCCGCCGCCGCCACCCCACUGAGGGGCGCUUGAUGGGCGCGCCGCCUGGCGUCCGGCCGAAUCCCAGAAGCUGCGGCGCCUCCUGCCGGGGAGCCAUCGCCGCAGCUUGAGGUCGGGUCACCGGUCAGAGGCUGCCUGAGGAGCGACGACGGUGGCGGCAACGGGAGCCCCACCGGGAGUCUGGGGCUGAGGAACUGACUGGGGCUUCACAAGGCCAGUAUGGACAGAAUAGCUUAGGAUGUUUAUCCCCGCCCUCCGCUUCUGAGACUUUGAGCGGAAACCAGAGUGCUUCCACUCAGAGAACUCCGUCCCACCUUCUCACCCCUAUCCGACGGGCGCCAUGUGGUUCAUCCGCGAUGGCUGUGGCAUUGUCUUUGCCAUUGUCACCUGGUUUCUGGUCUUAUAUGCGGAGUUCGUGGUCCUCUUCGUCAUGCUGAUUCCAUCCGGGGACUACAUGUACAGCACCAUCAACGGAAUCGUGUUCAGCGUGCUGGUCUUCUUGGCCCUGGCUUCCCACUGCCGGGCCAUGUUGACCGACCCUGGGGCUGUGCCCAAAGGAAGUGCCACUAAAGAAUUCAUCGCGAGUUUACAGCUGACGUCUGGGCAGGUGCUGUACAGCUGUCCCAAAUGCUGCAGCAUCAAGCCCGACCGAGCCCACCACUGCAGGGUUUGUAAGCGUUGCAUUCGGAAGAUGGACCACCAUUGUCCCUGGAUCAACAACUGUGUCGGCGAGAAGAACCAGAAAUACUUCAUCCUGUUUACAAUGUACGUAGCUCUCAUUUCUUUGCACGCCCUCAUCUUGGUGGGAUUCCACUUCCUGCAUUGCUUUGAAGAAGACUGCAGCUCCUCGCCCACCACGAUGACCCUCCUCAUCUUCCUCGGCUUGGAGGCGCUGCUCUUCCUCAUUUUCACAUCGGCCAUGUUUCGGAUCCAGAUGCUCUCCAUCUGCACAGGUGAGACGGGAAUAGAACAACUGAAAAAGGAAGACAGAAGAUGGGCCAAGAAAACAACAUGGGUGAACCUGAAAGCCGUUUUUGGCCACCCCUUCUCCCUAGGCUGGGCCAGCCCCUUUGUCACGCCAAACCAAGGGAAGGCAGUCCGGUACCAGCAUGUGAUCUGAAAGACCCUGACCAGCAUUGCCACUCAGACACAAACCACAUCCCAGCACUACCCUUGGAUUGGGUCUUACGAAUGUCCAAACCGAAAAACCAACACAACAACUCUAAAUAAGACAUUUUUUGUUUAAUGUCUCAAGUAAAAUGGCAGAACAUUGCAGAAAAAAAAAAAAAAGUCUCCGUGUUUUGUUUUUAAAAGAUCAUCCUU